GCGUCCGUCUGCAGUUUCAGUUGGAGCAGGUGGUCCUAGCAGGGGGACGUGGCAAGAUGUGGACCGGCGCCGUGGAGGAAGUAUACCAGGACUUCCUGAAACAGCUUCACCUUCUGACUGACUGUCAGUACGACGCCAGCGAGCCCACAGAUCAGAGCUUCCCACUGCAAGCCUGCUCCUUCCAGGACCACGUGCUGGAUCUGGAAGCCAGGCUGGUGUCCAUCAUCAGAGGAACUCUGGAGGACUGCUGCGUGUCGUCGUCUGCAGUCAAGAUACUUAACAUGUUCGGCCCAGUACUGGAGCGUCCUCUGAUCCAGGAGCAGCUGCGUCCUCAGCUUGUCCGGCUGGUGGACAUGGUCAUGACAGAACUUGACCAGGUGGAAGCACUGGUCCAAAGAAAGAGUUUGACGACUGAAGUGUUGUCCAAAUUCAGGGCCAGUCCGUCCGCCACCCUUAGGUGGACUCAACAACUCCUGCUGAGGGCUCACAGUGUUUUCCUGAGCUUCCAGACGGUCCAAUAUCUGUAAGCG